GUUCGGUCAGCUUCAGCCUCCACAGGAAGCGAGCCCCUCAUCUCGUCCUUUUGAAUUUCAACGGUCAUUCAGAAUCGUUAAUUACGUUGCUCUUACUAUUUGAUGCACGUGCUCUAUACCUAGUCACACACACAGUCUUAUGAUGGGCUCGAUCAACCCUUGGUUCUGGUCUGGUGUUUCCCUGGAGAGCGUCCAGCGAGAGUGCAAGAGGAAUGGAGAUAGUUACAAGGCGGGCUACCAAGAUGGAAUUCAGGGUUACUGGAUCACGGUAUCGAAAGUCAAGGACCCCAACGCGGAUGGAAAACUCACAAAACCGACAUUAAGGCACGAUCACCGUAUCCGAUCUAAUUCACCUUUGCCACCGAUCGAAAUCCCUACACCGCGGCAGGUCAGGGAUCAAGUGCCGGGAGAAACGACAAGCGUCAAACAGAAAACUGAAUCAAGCAACAUCACCCGACGGGCCUCGUCCAGGAGGCUUUCUGCCGUUCUUUUAGCGCAGCUUGAGUCCUCUUCCGCGGAUGACUCCACUUCAAUAUGGGAAGGUACAACCGCAGGUGCCCGCUUCGAGUACAUCGAAGGAGACAUACUCGGUAAAGGCAGCUUCGGUGAGGUGCGCAAAGUCUCUGUCAAAGGCCAUAUAGGAAGCGUAGCGAGGAAGUCUAUGUUCUUACAAAGUCGAAACAAGCGUCGCGCUCAGGAUGAGAAGAACAGGAUAAAGCGUGAAGUUGAGAACUUGCAGCGCGCAAGGCACAAGCAUGUCGUCAAUAUUCUUGACUGCUAUUCGGAGAGGGAGAAAAAUCUCACGACCUACUUCCUGAUAAUGUCACCUGUCGGCAAUCAAGACCUUGAAACUCUGCUCGACAAGUUUCCCGGGAUGUCACCAUCAGACCAAAACCAGUAUAGGAGUAGGGUCUCCCAAUGGUUCUCAUGCCUAGCCUCCGCCCUUGCGUACAUGCACAAGGAAGGUGUGCGCCACGAAGAUAUCAAGCCAAGUAAUAUCAUACACCGCGGAGAUACCGUCUACUUCACCGACUUCAGUUCUUCGAGAGUAUUUAAGCCGGACUUUGAGACCUCCACAACUAGCACCGUGCAGGCGACGCGCCGGUUCGCUGCCCCAGAAGUCCUUGACAUAUAUGACGAGGAAAUCCACAUACGAACUGGCAACGCAGAAAAGAUUACUAAGGACGGUAGGACCACGUACGAAGUACGUCAUGGAAAUACGUCAGAUGUCUUUUCUCUAGCCUUGGUGUUCGCCGAAAUGACAUCGGUUUUCAACAAGAGCGUUGCUGCGAUGCACGCCUUUGUUCUUGUCCUGGAGAAUACCAAACGACAACCUUUGUACCACGAGGUCAUUGACAGGUUAAAGAAGUGGUUCACUGAAGAAUUGAAAUCGGAAAGAGGCCGCAAGCUCUGGCAGUGUUGUUUGCAAGCAAUGUUGAAGACGAAGAGAAGAUCAAGACCACAAGCGUUGGACGUCGUGCACGCCUUACAGCGUGAGAAGCCAGUCGGCAAGUUCAAAGAUGAUGGUUGUCAGGCAUUGUUACCUCCCGCUCCAAAGCUGAAAACUGAAUCGUCUCGACCAAAGAAGCGAGAAGAUACCGCUAUGAGAACCACGGACACUGCUGCGACGAGGAAGAGAAGUGACCAGGCAGGCGUAAAAAUCGAAGGGGCUCAUGAGACAGAACCACGUAAAGCUAAAACCGGCAAAUCGGAAAAGAAGGCAAGCGGUGUUGAUGCACCGAGAAAGACACAAGUGGAGAAGGGUUCGACAACCAAGAAGAGAGAUGGCGAAGACGUGAAGGUAUCCAAAUCUUUAGAUCAACAGAGGAAGGUCGUGCAGGCCACACCCGGGUAGAUGUACAAUGGGUGUGUAGUACUUGUCUCCCUCCAAUUGAUGUCGAUCUGAGUUUGAAGACAACUCGGUACCUUACGCUUUGCAAUGCACUGAGUCACGGAACGGUCCUCUCGGCUUUUACGAAGU